AUGCUCAAUAUAUUUAGUAUCAAACAAUCACGCUCUGGUGAUGGAGCAUCAAGCGAUACUGGUAUGAAAAAAACAUCAGCUGCUCUACUACGUGUUACCAAAGAUCUAAGCGAAUUAGGUACAUUACCACCAACAUGUCAAGUAACAUAUCCAAAUAAAGAUGAUCUUCUUCAUUUUACACUUACAAUCAUACCUGAUGAUGGUUUUUAUAAAGGUGGUCGAUUUAUAUUUUCAUUUACAAUUGAAUCUGAAUAUCCUCAUACACCACCUAAAGUAAAAUGUACACAAAAAAUUUAUCAUCCAAAUAUUGAUCUUGAAGGAAAUGUUUGUUUAAAUAUUCUUCGAGAAGAUUGGAAACCUGUAUUAACAAUUUUAUCUGUUAUUCUUGGCAUGGGUUUUCUUUUUUCUGAACCAAAUCCUGAUGAUCCAUUAAAUAAAGAAGCAGCUGAAGUUUUAAAAACAAAUGUAAACACAUUUCGAUCAAAUGUUACAAAAACAAUGGCAGGUGGAACAUUAAAUGGUGUUCAAUUUGAUCGUGUACUCAUUCGAUAA